UCUUGAUGCGCAGGCGGGCGAGCUGUCGGGAUUCUUCGGCGCGCUGGAGAUAGCCAGUGACGUCGCGAUUCUCUUCGUCGGUAACGUGCGGCAGCAUGACGUCGAGGGUCGUCGUAGGGUUCCUGCCAUCUAAAGCAGCUUGAACGGCGUGAUCUACGUUGUUUCUUGCUCCGCCGCUUUGUAAGCGAAGAUUACGUACGGCAGGCCGGCAUGCCGCGUCUGGUGCUCGACGACGACGUUACAUUGCAAGCAUGUCGGCGAGGCUCUUGUUCAGCUGCUCCGCAAGACCAUUCAUCUGCAGAGGGCAGCGCUGGGGUGAUCAACUCACGUGGAGCCCGGACAGAAGAAGAUAACGAAUAACGAAGGCGGUUGAAGAGCGGCAGCGCUACAAGGCAAGAAGCAUUCAAGCAACCAAGCAGGCACCACACCGAGCCUUGUUCCAAAAUACUGGCGAAACGAUGUGCCUAUGCGAGACUUCUUUCGAGGUCACCGUGCUGGCCCUCGUUUGCCUGGCAAACAACGUGAUUGACUUUUUCUUAGGACUCGAGCGUCUGAAUCAACUACGAAGCAUUCCUCUCAUCGUCAUCAUACAUUUAGGCUCGCUUGCCGCAUCGGCGGUGCUCUCCGUGGUCCUUCUCAUGGGCGCCAUGAGGGUCUACAGCAUCAUCGCCAUCAACGCUCUGCGGUUUCUUCAAGGUAGGCUUGGUGAAAGAUCAACCAUAGGCGAACGAAGAGUCGAGAUUAUAAAGGCGCAGCUGGUCAGGAUCAUGACGCUCACCACUGUGAUUAUCGUGUUCGACUCAUUCGUCAUCUACCGAAUACAAGUCUUCUCCGACACGGUGGAGAACGCGCAAGUGUAGUCACUGCGGCGGAAGAACACGGGUGCAAGGUUGCCUGCGGCCGGGGCCAACGCAUUGCGCCAUGCAAUAUAGCACUGCUCAUGACUUUGUAUAACGUUAUCGCACCAUAAAGAUAAAAUUGUAGAUAUGUUGUUCGGGCUUAUGUUGUUCGAUAUGUUGUUCGGCCUUCGGGCUUAGGUUUCGUAAG